AUGGGGUUCUUUUCAUCUGGAGGUAGCGGGAAAUAUUUACAUGUCAAAGUAAGCACUAUGGAUGCCGACCUGGAGAAAAUUACUAUCGAGCCAGACUGUACAGGACGACAGCUGUUUGAUACAGUUUGCAGGAUUAUUGGUCUAAGGGAGAUUUGGUUUUUUGGUUUACAGUUUGUGAACAAGAAGGGGAUUCCGUGCUGGCUACAAAUGGAUAAAAAAAUAAAUAAACAGGAAGUGCCAAAGCAGGAAGAUGGUUCGAUACAUCUCAUAUUUCUUGUGAAGUUUUAUCCGGAAGAUGUCGAAGAAGAACUGAUACAGGAUAUAACGCGUCAUCUUUUCUUCCUUCAAAUCAAGCAAAGUAUUCUAAGUAUGCAGCUAUAUUGCUCCGCUGAAGCAUCUGUUCUUCUUGCAUCUUAUGCUGUACAGGCAAUUCAAGGUGACUGUGUGGCGAGUUCGAAGUUGCAGUUAAGUGAGUUAUUGCCAGAAUGUGUAAUCAAACAGUACGAUAUGACACCACAGAUGUGGGAGGAGCGCAUCAAACGAUGGUGGAUAAAUAAUAGUGGACAAAGCAGGGAAGAUGCAGAAAUGGAAUAUCUACGGGUUGCACAGGACUUAGAAAUGUAUGGAAUUCAGUACUAUCCCAUAUGUAACAGCAAAGAAACGGAUCUAACACUCGGUGUAUCAGCACAGGGGAUUGGAAUUUACAAAGAGUCUAAUCGAAUUACACCACGGCCAUUUUUUUCCUGGAGUGAAAUUAAAAAUAUUUCAUUCAAGAAUAAAGUUUUUAAUAUGAGGACAAUGGAUAAGAGUACAAUAACAUUUCGUGCGAAAGAUAUCUCCAUUAAUAUGAGCAUAUUGGAUUUGUGCGUUGGUACCCACAACUUAUACUUACGAAGACGUCAGCCAGAUUUGCUCGAAGUGCAGCAAAUGAAAGCUCAGGCGAAAGAACAGAGAAUUAGACGAAUUCAAGAACAAAAUCGUUUAUCUCGUGAGCGAGAGCAACGUAUACAGGCAGAAGCUGAACGAGAUCGAUACAAAAAUGAAAUAGCUGCAAUUAAUGAACAACUGCGUAACAUGAAGGAGGCAAUGAAAAAAACUCAAGAAAAUGCCCAUUUGAUGGCAGAAAAAGCGCGAGUGUCGGAAGAGGAAGCUCUUGUACUGUCAAAAAGAGCUAGCGAGGCCGAGGCAGAAUGUCAACGCAUGAAACUUUCACAAAUCAAGGUAGAACUUCAACUUCUUAUUUUUCAAGGCCCCAAAUUGUGUUUAUGCUGUGGAUGA